AUGGAUGAAGAUCAAAACUACCAAAAUUCGCUCGCCAACAUCUCCUGUAGUUGCUUCAUCCUCGUCUCCUCUGCCACCGUGGAUCGAACUCCCUGGGGACGUAACGACCAAUAUUCUACUUGGUGGAAGGUUUGCAAGGAUCCCGCCUCGUGGAGAGUCAUCGAUUUCUCCAACCCUAGGCAGGGGAUUUUCAACGAUUACUACAAUGUCAUGUGCCGCCGCCAGGGACAAUUGGUAGACCUCGCCAUUCAGUACUUCGGCAACGAUGCACUCUUGGACUACAUCGUCCAUCGAUCACCAAAUCUCAAACGCAUUAAACUUGGAACUUGCUUUUUCAUAUCGGGAUGUUGUGCACGUAAAAUGGUGGCGAAACUUCCACAUUUGGAAGAAUUGCACCUUACUCUUAGAUCAGGGAUUGGUGCUUGCGACAUUGAAAUAAUUGGAAAAUCUUGUCCAAUGCUGAAAUCAUUCUCGUGCAAUGGAUAUAAGUGCAAGCUUCGGACAUACAGAGAAGAUGGUUAUAUUGAAGGACAUUGUCGGAAUCUGUUUGCUCGUGCAAUCAGCAAAAGCAUGCCUAGUCUGCAGCAUCUUCAUGUAUUUGCACAUUAUAUGGGAAAUGAAGGACUCGAAGUCAUCCUGAACGGUUGCCCGGGUCUCGAAUCACUUGAUAUCGGCGAUGUUUUGAUCUUGAUCUUGAAGUGGAUUUGGGGAAAAGAUGUCAGAAAAUUAAACAUCUUAAACUCCCUAAUGACUUUGUUAGUGAUGUACCGUGGCCUAAUUGCGAUGGCGGCGAUCCGUUUGCUCCUUUUGCCUUUUGCUUUGAACAUUACGUACACGACUAUUAUAGCCAUAAAUAUGGACCUUUCGAUUACAACUUCUACUAAUUCUGAGCAUGUUCGACACCAAAGGUAG